AGCAAGCUUGGCAGGAGGUGUUAUCGGCGCACGCACAAGAACCCGCAUGGCGAUUGCAAGCAAAGUUCACCUCCUUGUCACAGACGUCGUGUACUGCUGCGAUGUGGGGCAUUCCCGGGCGCGACGAACUCGCGGGGUGGGGGAGGUACAGACAGAUGCCCUGCCCUCCCUCUCUCCCCAGCUGGUCGCCGCGGCGUGUGUGGAGAGGGCUCGUGCCACGAGCACGCGGGUGGUUGACUCGACUCCGCCAGGUUCGGACCCCCCAGAAAGAGCGCUCGUUUGGCAGCGGUUCCCGCAGACACCGGGGAAUCCCGCCACUUGCUCUGGCUGGCACGGCAUCCAGUGCGUGCGGAUGUCCGACAGAAGCGGAACCACUGGCAGUGGUUCCGCUUUCCGCCAGCCUCGUGCACUGGCCAUCCGGUGCGCGCGCUCUCAGCCUUGUGCACCUCAAACUAAUACAGCAGGGCAAGGACUCCUCGGAGGCGAUUCAGAAGAAGCUUCUGCCAUUCGCGUGAUUAGCAAGCGUCGCAUUUCGACCACUCAACUUGAGUGAGGAGCCCUCGCGUCGCAUCGUCCGACGUGCCGUGAUUUCGUCUGGGCUAGUAGUACCAGCAGCGCCAGUUAACGCCUCCUCUCCAGCGCGACAUACGCCUCCCUCGGAUCAGAACUCGCCCGUCCUUGAGCGUCGCAUGAUUGCGUGACGCACAGCUCGCCUCUCAUUGGCUGAGCCUGACGCUUUCGGGACUUCGUCUGGCGUCACAUCACAGAAAUAGCAAGCGGCGAAGCGAGGAGCCUUCGUUUUUUAAAGCGCCAUAAGAAAACAUCGCGGAGUAGACAGGAGCAGCGAGCGGCGAGCGGCGAGCAGCGCCCAAGCUCCUUUCCUUCUGGGAGAAGCAGUAGCUUUGCUCAUUGCGCCGGGAGUCGGCUAUGCGGCUCUCUCACCAUCCUAACUGACACGCUGACGCCGGAUCGGUCAUUGCUGAGCCAUCGUCCCUGGAGCACAGUCACACGCGCAGAGGAGCGUGGGGAGAUUUAUAGAUCCGUUACUAUCUUCCGCUUUGAAAGGGAGGUUGGUGAUAAAAUUUUCUGCUUUGUCAACGGGGGAGAGAUUUCUUUGAAGAAAUUUCGUCAAUGGAUCCAGCUCAUUCGUCCGUCGCGGUCCUUCCGCCCGCGCUUUCCGCCACGAUCGACGGCGGCAACGAGGCGUCGUUGGAGGAAGCCAUCGCGUCAGCGCAGACCGCCAUAGCGGGGCUCGUGCAAGCCGUCGACGUGGCAAAGCGCAAGCAGCUGCUGCUCCGCCGAUCGCAGCACAUCUCGAGCCGAGCGCGGGGAAGAGACAGCUCGACUCAAAGCCCGUCAGUCGGGCGGACAGCCACGACUCACGGCGAUCAUUCCGCGGUUUCCCCCGUGUCUCACGUCGUGAGCCGCGGAGGCAUCGCCUGUCCAAUUCACGGUUCGGGUUUUGUCGGCGGGUCGGAUGCCGCCGUUUCGAGAGCCCCCGGAGCGCACUGCUUUCUACCGAUGCGUUGCAGCGUUUCAGGCGAUAAUAAUCAUGCCGCAAGCGGCGGCUGCGGCGGCGGCGGCGGCGGCGCGAUGGUGUCUGCUCCGCUAUCGGCGGGAGGCGGCAGCAUGUGGAGCCCCGUGAAUUACGGAAUGAUCCCGAAUUACGGGAGUCCCGUCCCGCCGGCAUUCGCGGCGGCAUUCGCGGCGGGGUUCCACAUGCUUCCGCCCCCCGGGGUUCCCCUCGCGGGGCCGCCGGCGCUUGCUUCCGCUUUCAGCGGCUUCGGCGGCGCUGCUGCGCCGGCUGGCGCAGCGGCUCCCCUGGCGGGCAACAAACGGCGCCGCGGACGCCCGCGCGGGCCCGGCGCGAGAAAGCGGAGCAAAGUCGCGGCGACGCACAAGCGGAGCGGCGACGACGAAGCAAGAAAUCACGUCGAAAGCUCCGCAGCGGUGGCGGAUGGCGCAGUUGCGUCGGAGAGCGGCGAUUCGUCGCGAUCGUCCGCGCCACUAGUAGUAGCGGAUGCGUCAACGCAGGUUGAAGCGUCCGGCGGUGCUAAAGAGACGGUGUACAAGGGCGUGCGGCAGCGCAAGUGGGGCAAGUGGGUGACGGAGAUCCGCGAGCCGAACCGGCGCGCGCGCAUCUGGCUGGGGUCGUUCGACUUGGGGGAGGACGCCGCGCGCGUGUACGACAUGGCCGCGUGGCUGAUGCGCGGCCCCAAGGCGCAACUCAACUUCCCCCCGCCGUCCUUGGCCCAGCGCCCCCCUUCCCCCUCUUCCCCCUCUCCCCCCUCCGCCCCCACCUCCCCCUCCGCCCCCUCCUCCCCCUCCUCCGCCUGCUCCUCCCCAGCCGGCCAUGUAGAGUCAGAUUCGGUCAUCACAGCACUCCCUGCCGAUAGCACAGGCACUACUACUGCCGCUACAGCCGACCACACUUCGUCGCCGCCCGCUCUCCUCCCGGUGAUCAUGCCGGCCGCUACAGCCGACGCGCUGCUUCAAGCGUGCCGUGGGUGCGCCACGUGGGAGGGCGCCGAGGACGCCAUUGCUGAGCUGGCAGCGGCGCUUAAAGCCGUGGAGGGGGAGGGGGGCAUGGUGGAGGUGACAGGUGGCGCUGCUGCAAGAAAGUUCGCGUCGGGCGAGUGGGUUGCUGACGGGGAGCGGUGUGGUGCGGCGGAGAGCGGUGCUGCGGGUGUGAAUGAGAGCGAUUUGGAAGCUGCACUGAAGCCGCUUCUGGGUGGAGUGGAGGGGAGGAAGGGGAGUGAGCAGUGGGAUGGGGAGAGUGCGGAGGGUGACGGGCUGUCCAGGAGCUUCUCAGGGAGCGACAGGAGUGAGGGGAGUGAGGGGAGUGAGGAAAUUCUGGAUUCUUUCUUGGAAGGCUGUAUUGCUGACGUUGAGAUUGACAUGAGCAGCAGCUGCAUGAGUGCUUCCCCGAUCACGUCCUGGAUCGACAGCAGCGUCGCUGACUGCGUGCCGUCGCUGCUGCGGGAGAAUUCCGAGAUUCUCAUGAUGGUGGAAGAUCCAGCUGUCUUCGGCGAUGCCAUGGGCGACUUAUUUGACGCCUCGGUUCCGGCUGUCGCGGCUACAGCCCAAGGCGGCCUGGACUCCCAGCACGUGCUUGGGGCCGGAGCGCUCAUGCAGCAAUCAGAAUUCAAGCUGUGGGACCUCUAGCUGGUGAUCUGUGGCAAUGGUUCUCCAGAGUCUACUUGGAAAUGGCAUGUAGUCCUUGGGCUCCGACUUGGCUUGGGAGGCUGAAACUACCUUUCUGAUGAGCAGGAAGGAGGAGGGGGGGGGGGGGGGGAUUUAGAGGGUUUUUGGUUUGGGUGCCGCAGUGGUGGUUAUCAUGUGGCUCGCUUUUUUGAAUCAUAGGGAGAGCAGGGAGCCAUUUGGGUGGUUGCAGUCAGGCGUAUGGUAGGGCAAUCUCCUAUCCUGCACGACUCGCUGGUCGAUCGUUGCCCUCUGCUUUCCUUAUGAUUCCGACCACAUGAUGGCUGGCAUUCGUGGCCUAGUUUCUUGUGUUGUUUGUGUCAUACCUGUGUUUUUAU